AAGGAUGGAGCCGGUGGAGCCCCUCAACAGGUCCCAAUCUGGGGCAGAGCCGCCCCGCGGGGAGUUCAACCUCUCGGGGCUACCGGAGGCGGAGGGGAAGCCCCUUUUCGGCAUCGGUAUCGAGAACUUCAUCACCUUGAUCAUCUUCGGCUUGAUCUUCACCCUGGGAGUGCUGGGCAACUCGCUGGUGAUCACGGUGCUGGCGAAGAGCAAGCCAGGCAAACGCCGUAGCACCACCAACAUCUUCAUCCUUAACCUGAGCAUUGCUGACCUAGCCUACCUGCUCUUCUGUAUCCCCUUCCAGUCCACGGUCUACGUGCUCCCCACCUGGGUGCUGGGUGCCUUUAUCUGCAAGUUCAUCCACUACUUCUUCACCGUCUCCAUGCUGGUGAGCAUCUUCACGCUCUCGGCCAUGUCUGUGGACCGAUACGUGGCCAUUGUGCACUCCCGACGCUCCUCAGCCUUGCGCGUUUCCCGCAACGCUCUGAUGGGUGUGGGGCUCAUCUGGGCGCUCUCCUUUGCCAUGGCCUCACCUGUAGCUCACCACCAGCGCCUCUUCCACCGAGACGCCAGCAACCAGACCUUUUGCUGGGAGCACUGGCCCAACCCACGCCACAAGAAGGUCUAUGUGGUUUGCACAUUUGUCUUCGGAUAUCUGCUCCCACUGCUGCUCAUCUCCUUCUGCUAUGCCAAGGUCCUUAAUCAUCUGCAUAAAAAGUUGAGAAACAUGUCAAAGAAGUCAGAAGCAUCCAAGAAAAAGACAGCACAGACUGUGUUGGUGGUGGUAGUGGUUUUUGGCAUCUCCUGGCUGCCGCAUCAUGUGAUUCAUCUCUGGGCUGAAUUUGGAGUUUUCCCACUCACUCAAGCCUCCUUUCUCUUUAGAGUAACUGCACACUGCCUGGCUUACAGCAAUUCUUCUGUGAAUCCAAUUAUAUAUGCAUUUCUCUCUGAAAAUUUUAGGCAGGCCUACAAACAAGUGUUCAAAUGCCGGAUAGGUAACGAAUCACCUCUGAAUGAUGCUAAGGAAAAUAAAAGUCGGAUAGACACACCACCAUCUACCAACUGUACACACGUGUGAACUUUGAAAAGUCUUGUAUGUUGG